AUGGAGGCGACAAACCUGGCUCUGUCGCCGCGGGAGUCGCUCAAGUCGCGCUCCGAACACAAGACCAUGGAGCUGAGUAGUAAACCCAACCAAGUCGGAACAGUCCUCCUCUACGGCGUGCCCAUAGUCUCCCUCGUCAUAGAGGGCGUGGAGCGUCUCUGCCUCGCCCAGAUCUCCAACACUCUCCUCAAACAGUUCUCCUACAACGAGAUACAUAACAGGAGAGUCGCGUUGGGCAUAACCUGCGUGCAAUGUACGCCGGUGCAGCUGGAGAUACUGCGGAGAGCUGGCGCCAUGCCGGUGUCUUCGAGGCGGUGUGGUAUGAUAACUAGGCGCGAGGCUGAACGGCUCUGCAAGUCGUUUCUCGGAGACAACGCGCCACCACGUCUACCUGAUGACUUCGCGUUUGCCGUACAUCAUGAGUGCGCUUGGGGCUGCAGAGGAGCGUUCUUACCAGCCAGGUACAACUCAUCCCGAGCCAAAUGCAUCAAGUGCGCCUACUGUGGUCUGUUCUUCUCGCCCAACAAGUUCAUCUUCCACUCGCACCGGGUUGGUCCCGGAGACAAGUACGUCCAACCUGAUGCUGCCAACUUCAACUCCUGGCGACGGCAUAUGAAGCUGACUGGCAGUCCGCCAGUGGAAGUGGUCCACGCUUGGGAAGAUGUGAAAGCCAUGUUCAACGGUGGAACUCGAAAGAGGAUGCUGUCUGCUGCUAGAAGGCUACCUCUGCGCAGGCCGGAAGAGGAGAAGCGGGCUUCGCCCCCAGCUCAUACUCCAGUCCCGCGCCUGGCCGACUACGUGUGGGGCGCGCGCCUGCCACUGCCGUACGCGCUGCCGUGGCUGAAGCCGACACUGUGGUCCCCAGGUGCCCUAACAGCGCUAUCCAGUGUGGGCAGCAUGGAGGAGCCUCGUGCGUUCCGGCCUGUGCGGUCGCGGCUUGAAUCGCCCCAUAGCUCUCCCGUUACGUCACCUAGCCGAUCGCCGAACCGAUCCCGGUCGCCACUCAGUUCCCCACGGCAACGGUCCCCGGUGCCGCCGCCGUCACCAGCUCGCUCCACCAAGAGCCGGGACAGCGAUGAGAGCGUCGACAUAGAGACCACCGAGGACGACCAGGGGAAAGACGUGCGAUGUCCGUGGCCAUGCCGCGACCGCGACUGGAGCGGGCUAGUGCCGAAAGUGGAGAGAGAGGAGGAACCCUGGCGUCUCCCGGACCUGCGGCCACCGAUAUACAUGCACGACCGAGAACGCGACAGCUGUGCCGCUUGUAUAGCGCCGUUGCCACUACUACCGCCAUCUGCAUCUGCGCCUCACUAA